AUGAUUCCGUUUCGAUUCUUGCAAACUUCUGAACUGUGUUUUUUGCCAUGUAAAGAUACAGUGACGAGUGUUGUUGAUGGACAUCGAUUCGUGUAUUCGGUGAUUGACGGCGACGAGACGCUUAUAGAUUUGGAUCGUCAUUCGGGAGUGAUUCUGUUGGCACGUACAAUAGCCGAUGAAGAUAUUCGCAUGCAUCAAAAGCAUUUGAAUAUUUCUGUCAGUGAUGGCGUGUUUACUGCAUAUUCACAGUUGAUUAUUGAGAUUGUUGCGAGUACAUCACGACGAGCAUUGCCUCGCUUCGAACAAGCGCAGUAUUCGGCCAGUGUCAGUGAAAACGGAAAAAUUGGUGCCCCAAUAAUCAGGAUACGUGCUCGAGAAGGUAUUCCACCACUGAAAUAUUCGUUUGGUGGCAAUAACGACCUUCGAACAUGGCCUGUUGCGAUCGAUAAGGAAUCCGGAAAGGUCACUUCAAGGUGGGUGGAUUGA